AUGGCCACCUCGCUGCACGGACGAAUCGCGUCGUGUCCUCUUCGUCCCCCCCGGUGGCUAUGGGUCCAGCUGCGGCAGCUGCGCGGACCGGUGGCCCUUGCCGGCGGUAGCUGCGCGGCGGCGCUUGGGUCACGACCGGCCUCUGCUGCAAGCACUUCCCUCAUCUUCAUCUCUGCCCAAGCUUGGUACUCCCAAAGGUCUACCUUGCCGCUGUCUUCGAGUAGAUCGACGCCGUCCAGGCCCUGCAGCUUGCCGGGAACGCCGCCAAGGAUCCACAUGGUCGUCACUGAUAAAGGUCAGCACUGGAAAGCAUGGUUGGAUGUAGUGCAGAAAGGCACUGGAGGUUGGAAGAAGAUUGUAAAAGCCUUCGGGAAUGAUAUUUUGUUGGGAAGUGGAGAAAUUAACAGAGCUCACUUAGGGCAAAUUGUAUUUUCGGACCCAUCAAAACGUCAGCUUCUAAACCGUCUUCUGGCGCCACAUAUUUCUUGGGGCAUAAUGUGGGAGAUAGCAAAGCUAUGGAUGAAAGGAUGCAAGGUUAUAAUCCUGGACAUCCCGCUGCUGUUUGAGAUCAAGAUGGAUCGGUGGACAAAUCCAGUAAUUGUGGUCUGGGUUAACCCAGAAACCCAGAUUCAGAGGCUGAUGUCAAGAGACGGGUGCUCUAAAGAACAAGCGCAGAGCAGGGUCAACGCACAACUUGCGUUGGACUGGAAGAAGUCGGAAGCCGACAUAGUGAUCGACGACUCUAGAUCCUUGGAUAACACCGCACAACAGUUCCGUGAAGUGUUGAGGAAAGUCUCUGAGCCCUUAACAUGGAAGGAACGCUUGUGA